AUGCUUAUUAGCAACACCAAGCAUUUUGUUACGCGUCCACAAACAACUUGGAUUAUAUUUCAAAUAAAAAAACGAAAUAACUCCACAAUACCAUCAACAAAAUUAACUUCUAGUUAUUUUCAUCAUGCUUCAUCACUUCCACUUGUCUAUAAAACACUAGCUCAAAGUUUUGAUGACACAGCUGCUCAACAUCCUGAUCAUGAAUGUUAUGUUUUUAAAAGUGAACAAAAACGGUAUACAUUCAAAUCAUUCAAAAAUGAAGUCGAUAGUUUAGCUGCAUCCUUCAUUGAAUUAGGUUUCGAAAAAGGUGACCGAUUUGCUGUUUGGUUACCAAAUACAUCAGAAAAUGUUGCUAUGACAUUUGCUGCUUCAAAAUUGGGUCUUAUCAAAGUGAAUAUUAAUCCAGCGUAUGUUGGACGUGAACUUGAAUAUUGUAUAAACAAAGUUGGUUGUAAAGGUAUUAUUCUUCCACCAGCAGUUAAAGUCAUUGAGUCAUUAUCAAUAUUUCGUCGACUUGUACCAGAACUUGAUCACCAUACAAUAGGGCGUGAGCUUUCAUCAAAAGUAUUACCAACAUUGAAACAUGUUAUACUAACUGGUAAACAACCGUCUGUGCCAGGAACUCAUUCUUAUAAUGAUUUACUUGAACGUGGUGCUAAAUUAUCACAUAGUAAAUUAAAUGAACGGCAAGCAUCUGUCAAUGUUGAUUCUCCUGUUGCAAUAUUUUAUACAUCAGGUACAACAGGUCAACCAAAAGCAGCGACCGUAACCAAUUUCGGUAUGCUCAAUAUAGUACGUGCUCAAUGGGAACAUCUUGGACCUUAUUUUACUAGUCUUUGUGUUCCUAUUCCAAUGUUUCACAUGUUUGCCGAAGUCGUUGGUUUACUGAAUGCUGCUGUAGCAAAAUGCAAAAUUAUUUUUCCUGCUAUUUUACCCGAUACAGUUUCAACUAUGCAAGCUAUUCAUGAAGAGAAAUGCACGGCACUUAUUGGCGCUCCAAUUAUCUUUCGAGAUAUUUUAACACAUCCCGACAAAAAAAAAUAUGAUUUAAGUUCAUUAGAGUAUGCUGCACUUGGUGCAAGUCCUAUGCACAUUGACUUUUUACGUCAAUUAGAAACUGAAAUUCCGAUUAAACGUGCUUCUCAAGGCUAUGGACUAACAGAAAAUUCUGCCUUACUCACAAGUGGUAUGUGGGCCGGUGACAAAGAUCCAAAACGUCGAUUAGGAUCAUUGGGACGAUGUAUGCAACGUUUAGAAGUCAAAAUUGCUGAUCAAGAAGGAAUCGCCAUGCCUAUUGGACGACAAGGUGAGAUUUGGGCACGAGGGUAUUCUAUUACGCCUGGAUACUAUAAUGAUCCAGAAAAAACACGCGAAGCACUAACGCCAUCAGGCUGGCUUCGAACAGGUGAUAUAGGAACUAUGGAUGAAGAUGGCUACCUUUAUUUUGUUGGGCGUCAAAAAGAAAUGAUUAUUCGUGGUGGUAUUAAUAUCUAUCCAAUUGAACUUGAAAAUACAAUAAUUGAACAUCCAAGUGUUGCUGAAGCACAAGUAUUUUCCAUUCCUGAUGAACGUUAUGGUGAAGAAGUAUGUACAUGGAUUAAAUUAAAACCAAAUGCAGCUCCGUGUCAACCAGAAGAUAUUACAAAAUUUCUUGCAGACAAAUUAGCAUUUUUUAAAAUACCAAAACAUAUUCGAUUCGUUGAUAAAUUUAUAAUGACACCAACUGGAAAAGUUCAAAAAUUUAAAUUAUCUGAAGCAAUGGUCAAUGAAUUGAAAGAAACAAAAAAUAAAAAAUAA